CCGAAAUAUUCUAUUGCUGUGCAAGGAGGGCACUUUAAUGGUAAUUUUCCGCAUUACUACUCUUUUCAUCCUUUCGAGUCACGCGUCGCUGCCCUGCUAGGCAUACCCUCCACAUGCGAUCGUCUGGCUCUUGGAAAGCAGAACAAAAACGAAGCGGCGUUAGCAGGUAUUCUCAAGUAUGGAGACAAUAAGAACGGUGGGAGAAAACGGCUUUUAAUAGCUGACUGGGGCUGCAAUACCGGUAGGCUGACCAGAGAGCUCUGUCGCCGCCUCAGAAAUCUCUCCCACCGACCUGUGGCAGGGCUAGGCCUGGACUUUGAUGAAAAUCUCAUUAAUAGGGCAAAAGAGGAAUCAGUCGAGGAGGAGAAGAUAGAGGGAGAGUGUGGGGACGUAUCAUUUGCGGCCGUCGAUCUUGUCACGGAUUGGGCUCGGGCCGAGGAGAUCAUGCGGGCUUUUUUAGACAAAGAUGGUGACCUGGGAGGAAAUGACGACGACUCUCGUCCAAGGCAUUCAAGACCUUUGGAAAGUGUCGAUGGGAGAGAGGAGACUCGUCAAGGCCGAACCAUCAAGUUCGAUCUGUUGACCAUAUUCUCAACGACGAUGUGGAUCCAUCUAGUCCACGGAGAGAACGCUCUUGAAACUUUCUUGAGGCGCGCUGCGGAAUGGACGCACUGUCUGGUCUUAGAGCCCCAGACACAAAAAAGCUACAAGGCGGCUCGCAAGCGCCUGAAACGAGCAGGAUUCGACCCGGCAGUGUAUUUCCAACCGGUAACGGUCGCAGACACGUCUGCCAUGGUCAUGAGGGAGGACGGGAAGAGGGAGUGGGGGUUCACGAAAGCGAUUAACUUGGGGGCUUCGUCAGCAUGGGGCAGGGAGCUCUUUGUGUACUACAGGGAGGAGAGACACGAGGAGGAAGAGGAAG